UUGGUUUUGAUCUUUUAUCUCAAACUUAACCUGCUCCAGUGUAAUUGAGGAACUCAUUCCCUCCAACCACUUCUCCAUUUGGUUUUAAGGGACAAGGCUGGUGAUAAAUGAUAUUUUUUGUUACUGUUAACAAGUCCGGAGAAAGACCAACACCUAGAAUACUUUGUUACUUUGUCUCUCAGUAGCAUAGUCAGGAUCAAUUAUUUAAAUUGUUUUUAUUUAAUAAUUAUUUAGCUCUUUUCCUGGGACAUAGGCUUUGAAUGUAUCCGCAGCCCACUGAAACAACUACCGUCUUAUCUCAGUGUUUGUAUAACCAAGCAUACAUGAGGGUACUCCUGGUCGCUUGUGUGCUAAUUGACUGAUGUCGGACAGUCCUUGAAAGCAGCAGCAGCAGCAGCUGCAGUUGACGCUCAGUCGACGCACAGACGACGCACAGACGGGGGGGCUUGUGACACUCAGAGACACUCAGAGACACUCUUGGAGGGGGGAUUUCCUUCAAACGGGGGAAACUUGGAGAACUUUCACACACGACAGCUCCCACUAACGCACACAGACAGAGCCAUGUUGGAAUACUACCAGAUAUUAGGAGUCCAGAAAAAUGCAACACAAGAGGACAUCAAAAAAGCUUACAGAAAAUCUGCAUUGAAGUGGCAUCCAGACAAGAACCCAGACAACAAGGAUGAAGCAGAGAAAAAAUUCAAAGAGCUGUCUGAGGCGUAUGAAGUUCUCUCAGAUGAAAAUAAGAGGAAUAUUUAUGACCGAUAUGGCAAAGAAGGCCUUUCAGGAGGAGGAGGGCGAGGAGGAGGAGGAGGAGGCCAUUAUGAUCACUUUGGUGGCGGCUUCACAUUCCGUAAUCCUGAGGACGUUUUCAGGGAAUUCUUUGGUGGCAGAGAUCCGUUUGCAGAUUUUUUUGUUGAUGACCCUUUUGAGGAUUUCUUCGGAGGGGGUCGCAGCCGUCAGAGGGGUGCAAGUCGGAACAGGAUGGGUGGUUCGCUCUUUGGUUUUGGAGGAUUCCCAGCUUUCGCACCUGGCUUCUCAGGGUUUGAUUCAAGUUUUAGCUCAUUUGGAGACAUUGGUGGAGGAGGCAUCACCUCUUUCUCUUCAUCUAUUGGUGGCAAUGGAGGGGGAAUGGGUAAUGUCAGAUCUGUGUCAACCUCCACCAAGUUCAUCAACGGCAGAAAAAUUACUACAAAACGGAUCGUGGAGAACGGCCAAGAGCGAAUCGAAGUGGAGGAAGAUGGUCAGUUAAAAUCUCUUACAGUUAAUGGUAUGCUUUACCUUUACAGACCAGAAAUCGCAGCCGAAGACCCCUUAGAGGACGAGUUUCGUCGCCGCAGACAAAACACACUUCCUGGCCUCGGCCUGCACCAGCGCUACCUGAGAAACUCCGCUCAGACCCCCUCCGAGGAGGAGGAGGAGCACGGCCUACAGUGCCUGGGACUAACGAGAGGACACAUGGACACCAAGAGGAAGAAACUGUGGCUAAAGGAGGCAGAGUCCAAAAAGAAAAGAGCUCCUAGACUCUUCCCACGAUUCGGCGGACCUUGUGCCUUUUUUUAAACUCUCAGCCAAAUACACACACACACACACACACACACACACACACACACACACACACUUUUUCAUCUAUGCUAUGUAUUACAGGCCUGACGUCCCCAAUGCUGUACCAUGUCUUGUCUUCUCUAUCAGCUGCAGUGCAGAGCAUAGAUGUAAUAGCAUGUAUCUACUGUAUACUUUCAUCAGCCAAGUGCUUGCCUGCGGAGACCUCACCUCAAUGUUUUAUUUUGUCCAAGGUACAUUUUUUAGUAGCUAAGCUUUUGCUAUUGCUGUAUUUAUGGGGGUGGGCCCUGUGGAUGGACAGUGAGCAUUCAGAACCUUAAUUAAUCUCCUAUCUUUGGACUUGUCCACUUUUUACAGCAUGCUUUGAGCAGUUGUUCUUGUGUUUGAAAGAGUUAUUGUGAAAGGAGAAUUACAGUAGCAGCCUUGUUUGUGAUAAGCGUGAGUAUUACUGCACUAAUACUGUAUAUCAUGUCAGAAUAGAUGAAGGUCAAGCUACUCAGUGGUUCCUUUUUCCAAUAGAGAAAAGGAGGGACAGGGAUAUCUGGGUAAUGCAAGAUUAUAAAACAGAAUGAAAGCACUUAAGAGUGAGUUUUUUACAGAAAGAGAUGAACCCACUCUGCUCACUCCUGCAUCAUAUGUGAAAACUGACUGUCAAAAAUCUUGCAGUAACAUUAGCCACUCGUUAACACAAAUCCCAAAGGGGGAAAACUGAUUUGAAUCCCUCUGAAAGUCUUUAUUUUCUUUUUUUUGUAAGAUUCAAAUACAGCAUGGAUUCAGUAACAGCUAGCCUUCAUUGAGUUUUUCACAAAAGAUUCCCUAAACAAAAUGAUAGUUUUCCUUAUCCGAUUUGUCUUUGACAGGCUGUUCUCAAAACUUCUGUAGGUGGAAAUGUGGAAAUGUUAAUUUUUUUUAUAGAUUCCUGUCAAUAAAUGCUUCAAGAAAAACA